GUGACAACUUCUGCCAUAAUGGCAGCUCUGGCAUUGAGAGUAUUGUCAAUAACUUUAGGUCUUUAUUUUUGCUUUGUAGGUUCAUUAAAGGUGACACCAAAGAUUAACGAAGACGCAAACAAGCAGUUUAGAACAACUUUUAUAUCCUAUUCAAGGUAUUUUCCUUUAUCUAAAUAUCAUGGCUGGCGACCACAUCCUCGAACAUACCGACAGUUUUAUGGCUAUGCAGAAAUAGUUUCUGGGGCAAUACUGGUUCUUUUUCCUGCCAAAGGGGUUUUAAGAUUUGCAAAAUUGGCUGCCAAUGUUGUUCUGACGAUACUGAUGUCCACAACCUUGACCAGCCACUAUCUAAGGGGAGAUGGAUUUGAAACCAUGUCCGGCCAACUAGUCAUGUCAUUGCUCCUCCUCUGCCGACUAAUAGUUUUUUACCAGGUGACAGCAAGAGAAAACAAAGAGGCACUUUACUCCAAGAAACGAGAAGAGAUGCUGAGGCAGGCAUUGGAUGCUGCUGAAAAAGUCUCCCAAUCUAAGAAGGAUGAGUGAGCAAUGGUAUAAAAUCAUCUCAGCUAACCUUGCAGUUUUCUUUGCGAAAAGAAUUUCACUGGUUAUCACAUUCGCACGUGCAUGUCCAGUGAUGAUGCAUACUUUUAGAAUGGUAAUUCUAGACAGUCCCUCAGUUCUCUUCAGUGGUUAUAACAACAUUGUUUUGCCACUCUUAACUAGUGACAGAUAGAAAGGGUUAUUUAUAGAGGAUAAGAUGAGAAGGAGAGUUCAUAGUGGGAAAUGGUUUCUUGUAGAGAGUUGGAGGUGGAAGUGGUAAAGGACUAAAUACGUACUUAUUUAAGAGAAAACAGUGUACUGGUGAGUUUUGUAAUGAGUCAGGUAUCAAGUGAUUACUCUCUUCACACAUGAAUGCUAUAUCCACUGCCAAACAUAGCAAGCUAGUCACAAUAGAGGUAUUAAUUGCAUUUAGCUCUCAGUCUCAGUUGAGUUAUUAAAGGCUCACUCUAAGUUUUCUGAUUACACUGAUUAAAUUUUAUCAUAUUCUUAUGGAAAUAUGCAAUUAAAUUGAUCCUUUGCAAAUUGUCAAGAUCUAAGUAAUUUAUUGGUAGCCAGUGUACAGCACGUUGCAUUUAAUAUUGAGCUUGAGUUUCUGAACUACUUGAAAAAUUUAGCUAAAAAAUGGCUGGCAGCAAAAGUUAAUCUCAUCUUUUUAUUUCUUAUUAUUACAUCUUGGAUCUCAAUUGAAAAAAAGUAUUCAGGUUGCUGCCCUCGCAUUUUUUAAUGUAAUCAGGUUUUUCGUAAUCUUUUGCCUUGCGACAGGCCACAUACUGAGCUGUCUAGUUCAUAUUCUGCAUGCCACAACAUAGUAAUUUAGGCUGCAGGAUUAAUUACUGAAAAGUAGUCUAACACUACAUGGAUUCCAUUUCCUUUAUGAAACACUCCUCAUAUCACUCGUCCCAGUUUACUCAGCUAAAAACAUGAACACUCGCAGUUUGCUGUUGCAGUAAUGGGAUAACCAACUAGUUGCAAUGAGCUAUAAAUAAUUGUAUUUAUUUGAGCCAAGGCUUGUUCUGCUUGGUUAUAUGCAAGAGCAUCACGGUCAUUGAUUACAUGGUGAGAGAAUAUUCAUUCCUAGCUGUGUAAAAUACUGUGUUUGUUCGCCACAUGACGUGACUGUGUUGUCUAGUUGAUCCCUGAGAGGACGAAGCACUCUGUGGGGUUGCUAACUAUAUUGAGAUUUCAUAACUCGCUAGUCAAAUUAAAUGUAAAUACACCCGGUCAUCGUAACCGCGUGCUUCUGUAUGUUAAAGUAAAACAUGAAUAACUAGGUUCAUGUCAAUGCCUGCUAAAAUGUACGUUUCACCCGCUCAGCGUGCUUGCAUUGUUACUGCGUGUAGAGCUGUGAUUCUUUGUUGUUCCCAUCAUUUAUCUAUGGAUGGCUGAUUGUCACUUUGCCUUUUUGGUGCCAUCUUAUCUCUCAGUAGGAUCAGACUGUGGCACUCAAAGAUAAACAGCCUGACAUAAAAAAAACUCACAGGAGGUGGUUUGCUGCUUAUUUUAUAUAUGCGUGGAAACAGGAGUACACAGUUGCUGUCAUAAGUGCACAGUUCGUUGAUGAUCACCCACGAUAAUUUUUGAUAGACCGUAAGGAAUAGCGGUCUUUACAGGCAUGCCUUGUAACAAAAAGAGAUGGCUUGGAAAUUGGAUGUUGAUCUCAUUUGUGUUAUUUUUUAUUAAAAUAUACCGAGUCUCCAGAUUUCAACAGCAUUGUGUUAAGUUUAAAUGUGGGUUGUUUGUGCUGCAUACCAAUUUUUAAUGUUUAAUGUCAAUGGGAAAUUUGAAUGUGUCUUGCCAGUAUUUGCCAGUAGGCCUACUGCACGUGCUUGCCAGUACUGCACGAAAUUGCCAGUACUGCACGAAAUUGCCAGUAUUAUUUGUUAUGGGUGACACCAUUGUAUGUACUUGCUUCUGGUGGCAUAGGUGAAAGUUUCCUUUUUGAAUUAUUUCACCAUGUUUUAUAGGCACCUAUUUAUUAGAUUCUAGUUGUCAUUGAACAACGAAAAUUGGUGUAUAGCAUGAUUAAAACCUGUAUUAAUGUAAUAUAAUGUUGAAAAAUAUGUUAGCGGCCUCCUUUGACUGGUAUCUAGCAGGAGUGUUGCAUAGUGUAAUUUAUAAGCAUUUGGCAAUAAUUGGACUUAUAAAAGGUAAAUGAAUUUAGAGUUUGUAGUCAAACUGAAGUAGCAGCCCAUGCAUGUAAAGAAAACGGUGUUUGAAGCUAAAUGUUCGUUGAAGAACAUUCCAAGCAAGUUGUAUUUAACCACUAGUGAAGCAUUUCCCCAGUUACUACUGCAGUUUUCUUUUUUCAUUAUGUAUACUUCAAACUACAAAUCAUUCACUGCUUUAAUUUCAUAGAAAAGCUAUAAGAUAACGUAAAUCUCUAUUUCCUUUUUGACAAUAAAUGUAUUUUUGUUAGUUUUCUUGAAACUUACAAAAAUACUCAUAUAAUGAUAAGGAUCUUCUACAUCUCAUCAGAGGUGAGUCAAUUCUGUGUAAGGUAUGUUUCGUACUUAUAAGUUUUGGAUUUUUUUUUACUAUUUAGUACUACGGAAUAUAAUUAAAGUAGACGCUUUGUUUGCAUGAUAACCUGAGACCAUAUAGAGACCAUGAUAGUUACAUUAUUAAUUAUAUUGAUCUUUAUGUUAUGUCAAUAUACAGUAACAAUUUACCUAUUACAUAAUAACAUUAGUAGGCUCAUGUAGAAGCGAUAGCAGUAGACAUUACAACAGUUGGUAAAGAACUAUCUCAUAAUCUGUUACUUUGAUUAGUAUCCGAGUAUUAGGUUUAAAUGAGUAUUUUGUGGUAUCGAUGUUGUAUACAAAUGCCUUUGCAUGUAGGGGAUUCCUUAUUUAAACUAGAAUUGUUUAAUUACUUCAUGUAAAUGUUAGUGCCUAGAAAAGCUAGGCAAGCUACAUACAAUUAACUCGCGGGAAUAUUGAAAUAUUGAUAUGAUUGAGUGGAGUUGCUGAAUACCAAAGAAAUUUCAUCACAAAAUAAGUUUUAUUUAAUAGUAUACAGUUGGGGUUUAUUUACUGCAAGUUAAGCAAGGACACGCGCACACACACAUGCACGUGCGCACACUAGGACUGAUAUGUGUAUGUUGCACCGAGUCGGCCGAUGUCAAAGAUACCAAGUCAUGUCAGUCUCUAAAUGUUCUACUACAUGGGAUAAAAAACACAUGCUAUAUCUGGUUUACUCAUGUAACUCACGAGCUUUGCACAAAACUGAUUGUACGAACCAGCCUAAUUCACUUGAAUGUACUUGUCAUGGAUGCUGUUGAUUUGUUUUUGAAAAAAACCUCAAAUUCUCUCAAACCAAAAAAUGCUCAUUGAUGCAACUAUGGGAGCAUUGCAUAAAAAUUCCGUAUAAAAUAUCUGGAAAUAAUUGUAAUCGGUGGUGUAAUUGUACUGUAUUUGUUGUCAAAUCGGUACACACUGUGAGAGUUUCAAGUGUGUGCAGUCGAGACAGAUUAGAAAAUACAGGUGGAGCUAAAAAUUAACCUGCCUUAUGUGAGUUGCCAAUCCUCAUGUUGUUUACUUAUAAUAAUUGCCGGUAAUUGUACAUGAGGGUGGACGUGUUAAUGUGCGAUUGCUAAUGCAGUUGAAAUCUGCCUCUCUCUGCAUCGUUCAGCGAGCAUACAUUGUUACUGUUUUCAUGCAAACUGCUUAGAGGUGUGCAGAAUACAUGCAGGUAGUUUCUUGCUGUGUGACACAGAGUGCAGUAUGUUGUGCAAUAACAAUAAUAGGAGGGCCAGGCCCCCCUUCGUAAAUCACUUCCUUCGCCUUCAACUCCGAUUUAAAUUUAAAGUAAAUUUGUUACCGACUAAUUUCUUGAAUACGAAUAGAAUGUGUAGAGCAAAUGUCAAAUCAACUUCCUUGCAUACCUAUCAAUCCAAGAAAUCCAGUGUCAGGUCACUGCAAAUAAGAAAUCGUAUGAUUGCUAUUGGUGUACUUUGGGGUGUCUUUAACCUUCAGCAACGUGUGUGCGCAUGCGACUUCAACUAGGAAUGUUAAUAAUAGGGUGUGUCCACGUAGAAUUUGGAUUUAUCUUGUUAUUCUGUAUAUCGUGACUCUUUUUACCGAUAAAUUUGGUGUACAUGUAUCCCAUUGUAAUUUAUAGUCGUGUGUUGUGGUAUGUUCAAUACACGUGAGAUUUUUUCUCAAAAUAAUUGACUUUGUCAUAAACAUUUGCUUUGUUGUUAUAUUUAUCAAAUUAUGACAGCCCAGUACUGGUAAAUAUUGUACCAAACCUAAGGAGCAAAGCACACAAAAAUCCAUUUGAUAUUUAAAAUUUUACAUUAUUUCCAUAAUUAUAUAGGUUUACAAAAAUGCCCUGCAGUAACAAAAUAUGACAUGUCCCCAAACUUUCAGUAUUACAUUGAGAAACUUAUAAUUUGAUGUAAUCACUAUUACCUACACAUGUAUACAUCUUCCAGACAGUAGGUUCUGUGCAUGAAAAGUCAUUACAGUUCCUUAUUUGACAAGUUUUUUUUAAAAGAAUUACUAGGCCUACACCUUGAAUGUCUGCAAACUUCCUUAUUCUCUCAACAAAAUGUAUUAGGCAUAGAAACUUUGAGCAUGGUUGUCUAUCAA